ACAGGGCUCGAGAGUGGCUUCGCUCGCACCGGAGGCCAUGGGUCGCAGGCCGUGCACGACGUCGUUGCCGCUGCUGCCGGUGCUCGCCGGCGCUCUCUCGCUGCUGUCGGCGCCGGUGUGGGCGCAGGGCGGCGAGUCGGCCACGCGCAGCUACGAGAACGACCUCAACGACGUGCUCAAGGUGGCGGUGGAAAAACUGCUCCCACUCGUGUCGGACUUCGUGACGAGACAGGAGGUGUCGACCGACUGCUCGACAAGUAUGCUCAAGACAUUCGUGGCUCUGCGUCAACAGAAGGCCUGGGCUGUCAGGAUGGCCAUGUCCAACGCCAUGUACGCACCGAACGCCCUUGAAGGCACUUACGUGGCAAUGGGUGGCUACGACCAGUGCCUUCGUACUCGGGUGCGCUCGUCCGAUGGCGAGCUCUAUUUCAAGGGCCAAUACUGCUCCGUGCUGUUCUCCCUGCCCAGGGGUUACUACAGGCGUUUCAUCGAGUCGUUCCACGAGAUCGGAGAACUGCAGGGUCGCCUGGACCCCCUGACGGCUUCAUCGCCCGAUCGAGAGGGCGUGGACACCCUCGGAGGACUCUGCGCGCCGUCGCUCUGCACGCGGCAGGACAUGACCUUCUUGGUCCGCUCACUGAUAAGCGAGUACGGAGGUAACGCCACAGUGACGUCCUGCAGCACUGAUGACGCCAAGGGGGUGACAUCAGUUCAAGCGUUUUCCAUAGCAGUGCUCUGUCUUAUAGGUCUGCUGGUUGGUGUGGGCACCACGCUAGAGUGUCUUCCUCAAGCCGACGUUCACGCUCUGAGGACCAAACGUGGAGGUGCUGCGAUGCGCGUUCUGCUGGUCUUCUCGGCAAUAACGAACACAAAGCUCCUCCUAAGGACGAGAGUGAAGACACCAAACGAAGCGUUGAAGUUUAUAUGUGGCUUCAAAGUAAUCAUGACCUUCUGGGUGGUACUUGGACAUGCCUAUAUCAUUCUACCAAUGGGAUAUUUUCAUGCGGUGUUCGCGAUGGAUACCAUGACGGAGCACUUUACGUUCCAGUUUAUCACGAAUGCUUUCCUUAGCGUCACGAUCUUCUUCUUUCUGAGUGGAUUUCUGCUGGCGUACGUCGCAGUGGCAUCUCGAGAAGUUCUCGCAAGAACGAACCCAUUUCUUGUCUACAUUGUGCGAGCGUCGCGACGAUAUAUCAGGUUGGUAGUGCCUGCUAUGGUGAUAAUACUCGUGGCUUUCCUGCUACCCCUCUUCGCCUACGGUCCGGCGGCGGACGAGGCGUACAACCAGUACAUCCACGGCUGCUACGACAAAUGGUGGGCUGUGCUAUUACAAGCCAAUAACUUCGAUAACUCCGAGCACGUGUGCUUGCAACACCUGUGGUACAUCAGCGCAGAGCUUCAAAUAUUCCUGGUCUUGGCGUUUCCUCUAACGCUGCUGUUCAUUAAGCAACCGAGGGCGGCAGCUAUCAUCGGAGCCCUGAUGGCCGCUGCAUUCUGCCUUAUGACCUGCGUUCAGAUCUACUCGUGGGACUUGUUCUAUGCUUUCACGAGCGGGACCAAUGAUAUGAGAAGAGUCAAAGACACGCUGGAGCUCAUCUACUUCCGGCCCUUCACCCAUGUCGGCGCGUACAUCGUCGGAGUCAUCUGCGGCUACGUUGCUGCACAGUACAAAAACCUCACAAUAAGGCCGAACGUCGAGAUGGGCCUGUGGCUCGUCUCAUUGGCCCUGGCCUGCGGCGUCUUGUUCGCCUCGUUCUCUUGGAAUCAAGGCCAUUUGCCGGACGCCGUAACCAACGCUCUCUACGGCGGAUUCCACCGGCUCCUCUGGGCGCUCGCCUUCUUCUGGCCGUCGUACGCCUGCGCCACAGGUCGUGGUGGCAUCCUCAACAAUAUGCUGUCUUGGAGCUUUUUCUUGCCACUGUCGAGGCUGACGUAUGGGAUCUACCUAAUACACGUGCUGCUCUACAUAACGCGCAUGCUUCGCUUGAGGAGUUACAUCAACACGGACGAGUACUUUCAGUUGACAACCGCCUUGGGGGUGUUCUCGCUGAGCGUGGUGUUCGCCUACCUGCUACACGUGUGCGUCGAGGCGCCCGUUCUGCGACUGGAGAAGCUGAUGUUCGAAGGGGACACCAGCGACGCCGUAGUAGCGACGCCGGUCAACGGAAAGGCCCGCAGCUCGAACAUGGGCACCGUCCAGAAGUCAGCUGUGUGACUGUGGCACGAGCUCGUGAGGCGCUCGACAACCAAAAGGGACACAACUCUGCCAGGAGUCUGAGCUUCUCUUGGAUCAAUUGCUCAUUUUUCAGAAACAGCAUAAGCCUCCACUUCUCUUUUCUUACCCACAGCGAUGGCUCAGUGGCUGUGGCGUGCUGCUGCUAAUCGCUGUGUCCCGAGUUCGAUUCCCGGCCUCUGCGGUCGUGGCAGAAUGUGAAAACGCUCGUGUGUCGAGUACCUGGCGGAAGUUAAGGAAUCCCAGGUAGCCAAAAUUAAACCGAAGCCCCAUCACUACGGCGUAUCUCGCAGGUUGUAGCUGUGGUGCUUCUAGACAACUAUAGCUGUCGGCAUUCGCCCGCUGUUUAUCUGAAAUCUAUGAAAAAAUAAUAACUCUAUCAUUUUGUCAAAACGAACGAAACCACAUGUCCAAUGCACACGGAUAUUUUCGCCUGGGCAAGAGCUCGUAAGAGCUCGUAAGUGGUACCAGUGUGCUUGCAGUAAGUGUAGCACAACGCCCUCAAUCCUCGAUGAACAAUCCCAUAGGGCGUAGGUCAAAUCACGGACACACAAAAUUCCUCUGCGUGACUCACAGAGACCGAGCCCAAAUGAGGCCACGAGCAUGGUACGACUCAGCACGUUCAAAAUGCAGGCUGUAAAUGACGUGCAUGUACUAUAGCGUAUGCUUGCAUGCCUCUAUGCUGGCUUCUCUCCUAUUUUCUCCGGGACAGCCGCGAACUUUCGGUUCCUGUGUUAUCCGCAGUGCUCCAGCGGAAUCUUCGCCUUCAUCGUCCACAUGGUGGUGUGUGCACGAGUACUGAUAUUUUAAGCCAAAUAGAAUGCACAUCUAAUAGUUCUAGAACUGAACCAAAUAUUUUUCCACUAAUUUGCGAAUACUGCGCAGUCUAUUGCAGUAGUUUUCUAAUAGUGCACAUUGAGGCUACAGUCAGAGAGAAUAAACUUUAUACAGAGCAGCAGGCGAGCGAAGCGAGCGUAUGUAGCUCCACCGCUCUGCAGUGGGUGGUCCUCUCAGUCCAGGAGUCUGACGGCCUUAGCUGCCGCUCUCGCUCGGUCGGCCUGCUCGAACUGGUCCAUCGAGUCGGAGCUCGACAGCGCUGCCUCCCAUUGCCGUGUGCUUGGAUGUAUUAUGGGCGUAUGCUCUGGUGUGCUUGCGCAUGCCCGUACUACGUGGUAGGGCGUUGCGCAUUCAACGAAGUCGCGGCACUGCACAGAACUGUUAAAUUACAACUGUUUAUUACGUGACUCCUUCGAACUGCUUUUAUACUCAGUUAACAGCAUCAAAUCACUAACCAACAAGCGAAACUCAUUCCACACGUGCCGACAAACAAAGCAAUGCCCAUUCCUCGCUCGAUCAAAAUAGAGAAGGCGCGCUUCCCUUCAUUUCGCCAAAUCUUGCCAUGGCAUCUGCUUUAAUGAGCUCACGCGUGAGCUAAUUGUGGCCGUGAUCGGCACCAGCAUAUUUGUUUAAAUUAGGUACACACAGUCACUAGUAUUGCUGCAUAAAGCAAGAAAAUCUCCGGGGUUUUGUGUGUGUGUUGCUGUUGCUGUUUUUAUUUUUUAGAUUGUGUUCAUGCUUGCGCAACCAGUCAUUCACACUACGCCCGUUUGUACAAUUUAAUAUUUACCACCACGAGAAAUGAAACCUGUACCCCGCUCUUUGUGCAUAUUAUACAAAUUCUGCAAACUU